AUGGCAAUGUUCGUGAAAGACAAGAAUGCUCGGGACUACGCUGAACAGUUCCCAGAAGCUUAUGAUGCAAUCGCCCACAAGCACUAUGAGGACGAUUACUUCGACAGCACGAACACUGUCGAAAAGGCUGUCCAACGGGCAAGCGAGGUAAGAUUCGUUCACUCUAAAGGCGGUUUCGAAAUCAGAGGCUGGGUGUCAAAUUCUCUAGAAUUCCUGGAACGCAUGGGUGAAACGGAGAAGAAACAAGCAAUUCAUCUCGACUCGGCUAAUCCGGAACGCGUUUUGGGGAUAGUGUGGAACACAAAGGACGACGUCUUCGCAUUUACAACCAAGAUGCGCGACUCGUUAAUGCCAUACCUGUCCGAUGGAAAGGUCCCUACGAAACGCGUAGUGCUUAGUUGCGUCAUGAGUCUCUUUGACCCGUUAGGACUAUUGGCGCCGUUCACAUUUUUUGCGAAAGUGCUGAUCCAGAUCCUCUGGAGAAAAGGCUGCGAAUGGGACCAAGUCAUCGACGGAGAAGCGCUGGAGGGUUGGAAACGGUGGACGAGCUAUUUAGGAGCUGUAGAAGCGGUAAAGAUACCGCGGUACUACUUCGGCGACGGUCUUGCUCUCGACUACUCAACGCUGCAGCUGCACAUUUUCGCAGAUGCAAGCGAGAAAGCAUACGGCUGCGUAGGCUACUUCCGCAUCUUAGCUGGGGAGGUCCCUCGAUGUGCGUUGGUGCAAGCAAAAUCAAAGGUCGCACCGAUCAAGCAAGUGUCGAUCCCGCGGCUGGAAUUGAUGGCGGCCGUACAAGGAGUUCGUUUUGCGGAAAACAUCAAAGACAAUCACAGUCUGAACAUAGAACAAGUGUUCUACUGGACAGACUCACGCACCGUUCACUCAUGGGUUGUUUCCGAUCAAAGAAAAUAUAAGGCUUUCGUUGCAUUUCGGAUUGGAGAGAUUAUCAGCCGGUCGCGGCCAUCAGAGUGGCGGUGGGUGCCCACUAAACUGAAUGUUACGGACCAACUAACGAAAUGGAGCAAUGGUCCGCAGCUUGAUUCAAACAGUUCUUGGUUGCGGGGUCCGCAGUUUUUGUACAAACCAGAAGCUGAGUGGCCAUUACAGCAAUUCAAAAAACCGAAUGUCGAAGAUGAGAUGCGGGCAACAUUCCUGCUACACGACGUCGAAGUACAAGGUCAGUUGGUGGACAUAUCCAGAUUUUCUAAGCGGAACAUGCUUGUCAGAACGCUGGCACAAGUGGAGGCAUAUCCGGACGAAGUGAGAACUUUGUUGAAGAGUCGUCAAGCAAAAUGUUCAACCGGAGUGAGUCUGGAAAAAAGCAGUCUUCUCUACAAGCUGUCACCGAUACUGGAUGAGUUUGAUGUAAUACGAAUGGAAGGACGGUUGGCCACGGCGGACUUCUUACCCUUCGAACUGCGUUACCCGAUAGUGUUGCCAAGGGGCCAUCAGAUCACACGUAAACUUCUGGACCAUUAUCAUCAAAAGUUCGGCCAUGCAGGACGGGAGACGGUCACCAACGAAGUGCGACAGAGGUUCUGCAUUCCGCAUCUUCGAGCCAAAAUAAAGAAGGUGAUGGACAGUUGCAUGUGGUGCAAAAUUAAGAAAUGCAAACCUGACACACCGAGAAUGGCACCGUUACUAACACAGCGUAUAACGCCCAAUCGUCGUCCGUUCAGCUUUAGUGGAGUCGACUUCUUCGGUCCCCUGGAGGUAACCGUCGGUCGGCAUGUGGAGAAACGAUGGGUGGCGUUGUUCACAUGUCUCGUUACCAGAGCAAUCCACCUAGAAGUGGCCCAUAGUUUGUCAAGCCAGUCCUGCUUGAUGGCAAUAAGACGGUUUGCAUGUCGACGGGGAAUGCCAGCGGAGUUUUUCUCAGACAACGCGACCAAUUUCGUAGCAGCGAGUAAAGAGGUGAUGAGGAACAUCGUGAUGAGCUUUAGUGAAGCGUUCACGGACGCAAGAACUAAAUGGAAUUUCAUUCCAACAGCGGCCCCCCAUAUGGGCGGGGCCUGGGAGAGAAUGGUUCGAUCUGCGAAGGGGGCUUUAGCGGCAUUGGACGACGGAAGAAAACUUACCAACGAAGUAUUACUGACGGUUCUGGCUGAGGCGGAAGAUGCGAUCAACUCAAGACUGCUAACAUAUAUGCCGCAGGCGCCGGAUACGGUGGAGGCUUUGUCGCCGAAUCAUUUUCUGCGAGGUUAUCCAUCAGGAGGAACAGAGUCGUACGUUAUCCCCGCAAACAAAGCAGAAGCAUUACGGGAUGGUUACAAGCGGUCCCAGUGGUUGGCGGACAAGCUAUGGCAGAGAUGGUUGCUGGAGUAUUUGCCGCUCGUCAACAAGCGUACGAAGUGGUAG